AUGUUGAUUGGAAUUUCUGGAACCUUGGGUGCCGGUAAGACGGAAGUCGUGCGUUAUCUUACCUUUCAAGGGUUCAAAUUGAUAUCUUACAGUAACGACUACUCCGAGUCCGAUGAGUGCCCCACACAUUUGAAAUCACCUUCUGUGUCACCUCCUCCCUCCGAUGAUCCCUCUUUGCAAACGAUAUCUGGGAACGAUGACUUACCGUCCGACAUUUCGUUAACGUCUCUUGAGCCUUACAAGACGUUCAAUUCACUCGAGAAGCUUUUGGACUUCGUUACACUCAACUGGAGAACCAACUUUGUCAUCUCUCACAUGCGGGAUAUAGAGAUGCUUGAGACUUUGCAAAAGAGACCGUUCUUCUUACAUAUAUCUAUUGACGCUCCACUCCAGCUCAGAUUCCAGCGCCUGAUUAAGGCGGGAAGCGACGACACGUCGUCUGGCUUGACGCAGUUCGUUCUCGACAAUGAUAAGCUACUCUUUGCACCCGAGAACCCACUCAUAGAAAUCAAUAACCAAGCUCAAAUCAAAAUCAUAAAUACUUCUUCGUCUAUUAAGGACUUAUACAUUAAACUUUCAGAAUUGGUGCUUACCGAUAUGUCGAGAUUGAGGCCUACGUGGGACUCCUAUUUCAUGAGACUUGCGGACCUUGCUGCGUUGAGGUCCAAUUGUAUGAAGAGGAGAGUGGGCUGUGUGAUUGUUAGGGGAAAUAGAGUGGUAGCAACUGGGUAUAACGGCACUCCUCGUAACUUGACCAAUUGUAAUGAAGGUGGGUGUCCUAGAUGUAACAAGGGCCAAGGAAGCGGUGCUGGGCUAAACACAUGCCUUUGCUUGCAUGCCGAAGAGAAUGCUCUUUUAGAAGCUGGCAGAGAUAGAAUCACUGGGAUAGGAAGUGCCAGCGACAGAGGGGUGCUCUACUGCAACACAUGCCCGUGUCUAACCUGUUCUAUCAAAAUUGUGCAGAGUGGGAUCAAAGAGGUGGUCUUUGCGCAAAGCUACUCAAUGGAUGACUUGAGCCAUAAAGUAAUGAGUGAAGCAGGCAUUGUAUUGCGCCAAUUCUCUCCUCCAGCUGAAGGGGUCUUUAUAUAA